CGUGGCGAUUUAAAAGCCGCAUGAGGGCCCCAUACAGAGUAGUAGUGUGAGCAAAGGUUUCCACGCCGGGUGUUGAUGAACUGUUCUCCAGAUACAACUUCUAAUCAGACUAAGUGAUCUGUAGGAGAGACUUGCAUCCAUGGCAGGCAAAGGCCGUGGUAUAGCUGCCUUUACCUUUAACAUCGAGGCCCUGGGCAUCGGCAGGGGCUGCAUGCCAGAAGCCAGGGUGGGGCCCAACCCACUCUUUCCAAACACAGAGUUCAAGCCUGUGCCGCUGAAAGCUGGCGAGGAUGAGGACUACAUGCUGGCUUUGAAACAGGAGCUGAGGGCAACGAUGCAGCGGCUGCCACACAACAUCAAGCCUCUGUGUGUGAAGGCAGAGGUGGAGAGAUACAAGGAGAGAUACCUGAAGCAAGGCCACGUGGAUGAUGAGGAAUGGACUCCGGACUGGAACCUCUUUCCGAAAGAACUGAUGCCCCGCCAGAAAAAGCCUCGUGCUAAAACAGGCACAAAGAAGAAAACUGUGAGGAAACCAAACAAAGAUGCAGAGAAGAUGCUGAAUAAACUGGAAGAACUGGAAAAGAAAGAUGUCGAACAAUCAGAUGACGAGAAGGAAAAGGAGAAAAAGGCGGGUGAGGAUGAAGAGGAAGAAAUUGAAGAGGAGGAAUAUGAUGAAGAGGAUAUUGAAGAGGAAAAUGACUACAUAGACAGCUAUUUUGACAAUGGUGAAGAUUUUGCUGCAGGGAGUGAUGACAAUAUGGAUGGUGAAGCAACGUACUGAGACCACUGUGCAACUGUUACCUCAACUAUGCAAACUGUCAAGCAAAUGUGCACUGUUAACUUACACGUGUUUUGUUUUUGUUUGUUUUUUUACUGGUAAUAUAUUGUUGAUAAGCUGAAAUUGCCAUUUAGCAAAGUGGUAGCACUUGUUUGAUGUUUUGUUUCAGAAGUGUGAUCAUGAGACAAUUAAUGUAAUUAAAAAAUGUCAAACGUGAGCAGGCC